UUUCAGGUGAUGCUUCUUGCGUGACGUAUAAUGGACUGGACGGGACGCUUCUUCAGGAACAACAAGGCGCCAACUCUUUCAACCACCUCGGUAGCCUGCUAGACAACAUAAAACUGAAAGAUUGAUUCUUUAGACCAUGUUAUUGUACAUGAGCUAAUCUCAGUGUUUUAGACAAAUUUCGGUUUACGUAUCUACUGGUGAACUUUAACCUAAUGUGCUUGUUCAAUUUGCAAACGUGUUAAAGAUUGAUACUGAGGUUAGCACUAGGCUAGUCGCUAAUGCUAGCUAGCUAACAUCCCUGACCAUGAGCUCACUGAACUACUCCUCCCUUGCUAAUGAAGAGGAGGUCUGCUUUACGGAGAAAGAAUCUUUCAGAAUGAAAAAGGAGGAAGAGGAGGCUGUUAUAGUUAAAGAAGAGAAAGAACCUUUUAGAGAGGAAGAGGAUGCUGUCUUAAUUAAGGUGAAGGAGGAAGACGUUUUGGGAGUGAAAAAGGAGGAGACAGAAGAUCCGAUUGACACCAGAGAGAGACAUGACUAUGGUGGAUCCUCUGCGGAGCCUCAACAACAUCCUGAUGCUGACGAGGCAGAGAAGAGUCUCUCCAGAUCAGAACACCAGAUGGACAACGCUAGCCCUUCCAGCCUCCCGGAGUCCCUGUGUCGUGCCUCUCCCGGUCGCACCUUACUGCUGGGUAUGAAGAGGUUGUCUGUGCUGCUGGUGGACUUCAGGAAAACAACGGGGCUGAGUGGAACUGUGAGAGGAGGAGAAGAGAUGAAAGGAUCAGAUUUGACUCAUCAAAGAGAGAGACAUGACUAUGGUGGAUCCUCUGGGAAGCCUCAACAACAUCCUGAUGCUGACGAGGAAGAGAAGAGUCUCUCCAGAUCAGAUCACCAGAUGGACAACGCUAGCCCUUCCUCCCUCCCAGAGUCCCCGUGUCCUGCCUCUCCCGGUAGCUCCUUACUGGGUAUGAAGAGGUUGUCUGUGCUGCUGGUGGACUGCAAGAAAACAAUGGGGCUGAGUGGAACUGUGAGAGGAGGAGAAGAGAAGAAAGGAUCAGAUUUAACUCAUCAAAGAGAAAGACCAGACUCAGUGGAACCAGAGCCAGGGACAUCCAAACCCGCAAGACGACACCAGUGCUCCCAGUGUGGAAAGUGUUUCAACCGGUCAGGACACCUGAAAGCUCAUGAGCUAGUACACACAGGGGAGAAGCCUUACCACUGCUCCCAGUGUGGCAAGUGUUUCAACCGGUCAGAACACCUGAAAGCUCAUGAGCGAGUACACACAGGGGAGAAGCCUUACCACUGCUCCCAGUGUGGCAAGUGUUUCAGCCAGUCAAGGGAUCUGAAAAAACACGAGAGAAUACACACAGGGGAGAAGCCUUACCACUGCUCCCAGUGUGGCAAGUGUUUUAACCAGUUAGGGAAUCUGAAACGACAUGAGCUAGUACACACAGGGGAGAAGCCAUACCACUGCUCCCAGUGUGGCAAGUGUUUCAACCGGUCAGGACACCUGAAAGCUCAUGAGCUAGUACACACAGGGGAGAAGCCUUACCACUGCUCCCAGUGUGGCAAGUGUUUUAGACCAGUUAGGGACUCUGAAACGACAUGAGCUAGUACACACAGGGGAGAAGCCUUACCACUGCUCCCAGUGUGAAAAGGGUUUUAACCAGUUUGGGGCCCUGAAACAGCAUGAGAGAAUACACACAGGGGAGAUGCAUUACCACUCCUCCCAGGGUGCAAAGCAUUUGCCCAUUUAGGAAGCCUGAAAGAGCAUGACACAGAGGAGAAAGCUUACAAAAGCUUAGACUUUGGGAAAACAUAUUACUCAUAACAAUCACUUAAAUGUCAUUAGAGAAUCCACACAGGAGAGAGAAAUUACUUCUCUUAGCGUGUAUAUUGAUAUUUCACAUCUCAUUUUUCUUACAAUUCAUCAGAGAACAUACACAGUGAUCCCGUUGUCUUAUAUUGUUGCCUUAUAAUGUGUUUACCUGUUUUUACCAGAUGAAAUUGCUUCUUCCAAUUAUUGAUAAACAUGUACUGACUGUUAGAACUGUUCCAUGGAUUGAUGAAGAAUUUAAAAACUGUAUGUUUGAAAGAGAUGGGGCAAAAGGAGUGGCUAAUAAGUCUGGCUGCACAUCUGGCUGGCUUACAUACUGCAAAUUGAGAAAUGAUGUGAACAAACUCAACAAAAAUAAUCAACUUUAUUAGGAAGCCAAGAUCAAUUAUAUAAAGAAUGAUGGAAAAAAACACCAUGAAAGAAAAGCAGUGCAAGUAUCGAAUUUUGUAAAGUUAGUGUGGGAGAGGUGGAACAAUUGUUAUCGAUCAAUAAUGACAAACCUCCUGGCAUUGACAACUUAGGAGUGGCUAUAGAGUCAGCUACUGUCCUCAGUAGCUUUCCAUCUAUCUGUCAUAUUUUUAAUAUGAGCCAAGAGGAAAGUCUUUGUUCUCAGGCCUGGAGGGAAGCCAAAUUAAUCCACUACCCAAGAGUGGUAAAGCGGC